AUGAUAUUCAACUCGUUAUUUACCUUCUGUUGCGCUUUGAGCGUCUUGUGUUCUGUUAAAGCAGAUACUGCUUCUUUGCGAGCCAAAUUCUGCAAGUUGGGAAUCGACGCUGUCUUUCCAGGAGAUUUAUCUUACGAAAAACUCGCUACACCAUUCAACCAGCGUCUAACUUAUAUCCCAGCUGCCAUCGUCUACCCCGAUAGCACUGAAGCUGUCUCAGAAUCUGUUAAAGUAGCUGUCGAUGAAAAGCUUUCCGUCUCACCUCGCUCCGGCGGACAUUCAUACGGCUCUUAUGGCUUAGGAGGGGCCCAUGGCGCCUUAGUUGUCGAUCUCUCGCGGCUCAAGACAGUCUCUGUCGAUCAGUCUUCAGGACAAGCUGUUAUUGGAAGCGGAAUCAGACUAGGUGAUUUGGCUAUAGGGUUGCAUUCUCAAGGCGGGAGGGCGAUACCGCACGGUGAGUGUGGGUACCUUGGUAUUGGGGGCCACGCGGCAUUUGGGGGCUUCGGUCUCACGAGUCGGAUGUGGGGCUUGACCUUGGACAAUAUUAUCAUCCAAGAGGUGGUACUUGCAAACGGUACGAUUGUGAGGCAUCACAGAAAAGCAAUCCGGACUUAUAUUGGGUAA